UAGAUGAUUCAGAAUCUGUUUUGUUUCUGGUCUGUUGAAUUUUAACACUUCAUAUGUUGGUGAGCUCGGGAUAGUUGAAUUCAGGAUAGAAAAGAUUGCCAAAGUUGAUUAACAGUUAAUGAAGGACUAAUGCUUUUACAAUGACGCCUAAUUUAUAAAACUCGUUAGAGUACUGGUAGGAUCCUAAUUAGUUGAUAAAAGGCCUUUUUGAAAUAUUUAUCAUUGUAACAAGAACACCUGUAUCUACAAUAGUUUCUAAGCUCCAGAGUUUUGAAUUUCAUUGCACAGGUUAUGAUACCUCUUAAGGCAUGUUUCAGAGUGAUUCUAAAAUGGUUAAAAUUGCCUUUGACAUUUGCAAAAUCAUUCCGAAACAUGUUUUUAAUUAUUCAAAAUCAGUUUGGUUGAUAUGAGAAUUGCAUUUAAAGGUGUCAAUUUGUAUAUUAAAUUAAUUUGAAGUGAUUAAAAGCAUGUUUGGGAGUGAUUUUGAAUAUGAUAAAAGUAAUUUUAACAAUUUUCAAAAUCACUACCAAACAUACACUUAGUUUGCCAAUGCCUUUUCAUGAUAAGGGCGAAGUCUUGUGGCACACUAGUUUCUUUGCCGUCUUAUGGGGUAUUUGGAUCGAGCGUGAUAAUAGGAUCUUCAGACAAGUUGAGAGACUCGAUACCUCUCCGUGGGCGUCAAUCACAGGGCCUUUUUGUUAUUAUAAACUUGCUCUGGCAUUUAUUCUCUAUGCUUGGAGAGCAGUCUUGUUUGAACUUGCUAACUGGAGAAAGGCUGUUUUUGGGGUCUUUGGUUUUGUGGGAUACAUAUUGAAAGGUGCUUUGGCUCUCGUCCUCUAUGUUAUUGGAGAUCCUAUCACUUCUAUGAUAAGAGGCAUUGAGACUGCAUUCUACACUAUUCGAUCUUUCUACUCAGGCAUAGUCGCUUAUGCGCCCAUUCCCGAACUGACCACGAUAAUCAUACUAGCCUCAACCGUGCUUGCAAUUUCAGAAGCAAGUGCCCCAGAUUCCGUUAGUAGUCAACCAUAUCUUCUAACGAUAUCAGGUCUUGCUGGCUAUACAGUGGUGCGAGGUUACAUUUCCGAGCCUUUCUUCUGGACGAUUCUGUUGUGUGUAUACGGUUUCUCUAGGUUCGUCAAAAAGAGAAAUGAUGUAACUUCUGCAUUACCUGUUGCUGCUGUGUUUGCUGCCAUAGGAGAGCCAUGGGUAAGAAUCUUGGCUAUGGGUUCAUUUCUGGCUUUGGCCAUUGCUCACCAUUGGAAGAAGCUUUCACAAGGAAAGAAAGAAGAUGAGUACGAAGAUGAAAAGGGUGUGUAUCAGAGGGAUGUUCCACUGCCUCUUUUGGGUGUAGCUUUAGCUAUUGGAAUCCAUGCUGCUGCCAAAUGGGCUGGAUAUAGGCACUUAACAUGGAUGAUUGUAUGAAUAUAAAGACUUCAAUUUUGAUGUGAGCUUUUUGAUUGGAGAUAGUGUAUCAACUGUUAGUAUUAUGAGGAGGUACAUUAUGAGGACGUUGAUUUCAAAGAUGAAA